AGGUACAAAGAUGCUGCUUUGGCCUAUGAGAAUGCCAAGGACUGGGAUAAUGUCAUUCGCAUCUACCUGGACCAUCUAAACAACCCUGAAAAAGCUGUUGCCAUUGUGAAAGAGACACAAUCACUGGAGGGAGCCAAGAUGGUAGCCAGGUUCUUUCUCCGUCUUGGAGAUUAUGGAUCAGCAAUCCAGUUCCUCGUUCUGUCUAAAUGUAACAAUGAAGCAUUCCAGCUUGCCCAGCAACACAACCAGAUGGAAAUCUAUGCCGAUGUUAUAGGAUCUGAGAACACCAGUAAUGAAGAUUAUCAGAGUAUUGCUCUGUACUUUGAGGGGGAAAAGAAACACUUUCAAGCAGGGAAGUUCUUCUUGCUUUGUGGUCAGCAUGCAAGGGCACUGAAACAUUUCCUGAAAUGCUCAUCUGCAGAUGAGAACACAGCUAUAGAAAUGGCCAUCAAGACGGUUGGAGAGGCCAAAGAUGAGCUUUUGACCAAUCAGCUGAUAGACUAUCUGAUGGGGGAGAGUGAUGGUAUGCCUAAGGAUGCACAAUAUUUGUUCCGCUUGUACAUGGCACUAAAUCAAUACCGAGAGGCUGCCCGCACUGCAAUCAUUAUUGCAAGGGAAGAACAGUCUGCAGGUAACUACCGGACUGCACAUGACGUUCUUUUUAGCAUGUAUAUGGAACUGAAAACACAGAAAAUUAAGAUCCCAGCAGAAAUGGCUACAAAUUUAAUGAUACUUCAUAGCUACAUUCUGGUUAAGAUCCAUGUUAAACGUCGAGACCACAUGAAAGGAGCCCGGAUGUUGAUACGUGUAGCUAACAACAUUAGUAAAUUUCCUUCCCACAUAGUCCCGAUCUUGACAUCUACAGUGAUUGAAUGUCAUAGAGCUGGUCUGAAGAACUCUGCCUUCAGUUUUGCUGCAAUGUUGAUGCGACCAGAGUAUCGCAACAAAAUAGACGUCAAAUACAAGAAAAAGAUUGAAGCGAUGGUCAGGCGUCCAGACACCUCUGAGGUGGAAGAAGAGAGCACUGCCUGUCCAUUUUGUGAGUUCAAACUCCCAGAGUGUGACCUUCUCUGCCCUGGCUGCAAGAAUAACCUACCAUACUGUCUAGUCACUGGCCGACACAUGGUGAAAGAUGACUGGUGUAUCUGCCCCUAUUGUGAAUUUCCAGCCCUUUGUUCAGAGUUUAAAAUACUGCUGGAAUCAGAAAGCAUCUGUCCCAUGUGUUCAGAAAGAGUAACAGCCAAUCAGCUAAAGAGGGUGUCUGACUGCUCUGUGUAUCUCAGACAGGAGCAGGAUGAUCAGUAA